AUGCUUCGCUCUCAAGGACACAAGGCUGGCGGCGCUGUGUUUACGUCUUACCGGGUGAAUGUGGUACUACCAGAAUUUGAAGCCUUUGUGUGUUUUUCUCUGCGUUUGACAACAUUCAAGAUUUUCUGGAAACUGACAACCUUGACUUAUUAAUAACAGAAAAAGAUGUAGUUGGCAAAAUUUCAUUAAUUAUGAUGCCUGCGCAUGACCUCUUUUAACUUUUCAACAGGCAUUGCCCCAUCUACGAGUUGGCGAGGAUUGCAAGUCCGAGUUAGCGUCAAUGGCUACGGCACCGUCUUUGACCGAUGCACAGCCCAAUCCGACCGCAGCAGCAAAGACAAUAUGUUUCAUUGACGAGUAAUAUGGAUUUAUGUGGUUGCUUAAGGCGAUAUCUAAAUCUGACCAACUUGUAUCAAUCAGUGCACAACAUAUCACGUUUCCUCGAUAUUAUAUAAGUAUCUCACUUGUGGUCUUCUUCAAUUAACACUUUUUAUCCUUAAAUUCCAAGGAUAGUCUUUCGUUGAAAACAUUUUCUUCUUUCCUCCAGUCUCGAAACUGCGAAGACGGUCUUGCAAAACCUGCAAGAGGAUAACAUGCCACUUGCGGUGGAUGUGGAAGGAGAAAAACUAUGUCGCAACGGUCAGAUCUGCUUGAUUCAAGUCUGUAACGACCUUUCGCCAGUUUACCUAUUCGACGUGUGCGCUCUAGGACGGCCAUUGUUUCACGAGUGUGGUUUGAAGCGGAUACUAGAGGACCCGACUCUGUUGAAAGUGCUCUUCGAUGGCAGAGCAGAUAAUGAUGCGGUACUUCUAUGUAUGUGGUCGAAUGAUUAAGUAUCGUCUUUGAAGAAGAUCUCCCAUUACUUUGAUUAUCCCGAUUGUCAUGGCUCUGAACUACUUCUUACACUGACAUGACUAUCUUCUUCAAAAUCAAACCUAUCUUCUGAAACACUUAACAGCUAUACCACCAAUUUGGCGUGGACGCAAAGUGUCUCUAUGACAUUCAAGUGCUGUUUUCGUUAAAAUUCGGCAAGGAAAAACAUCUCUUCCUAGUGGGCCUUUCGCGUUGCCUGCGACAGUACAAAGGAUUGACGCCAUCUUAUGAAUAGAGAUUCCAAAUCCUAAGUAGACCAAUUGGGAAUGGCACACUCAUCGUGUUACUAAAUACAUAUACCUCGAGACUGGGUACACUACUACUACUACUACAUCAUCCUCUAGUGGAGGUCAUGGAUGAAUCUUCUAGUUUCAGAAUGUAUACUACCACCACUCGUAGAGUAGAAAGGCCUCGGCCCAUCCACUUCUUCAUAACUAGCAACAGGCACGCAUCACACGAUUGAAGGAAGUGGGGACUGCGCUGCAUGAGAAUGUAGGAGAAUGGGGGAAGCGGCCGCUAAACGCACUUCUGUUGGAAUAUGCUGCUAACGACGCGAGGCACCUACUUGGUAUCAUUCCACUUCUUGUCUUCUCAUGGUGAUUCCUGACCGAUCACACUGUCCGUACAGGCUGCAACGCCUCCAAGCUGGGGCAGCGAUCGCAGGUGGCGGGCCCGGGGUCUUCCCUGGCCCGAUAGGAUUCGGGCCGAAUGUCCCGGCCAUUGUCGUGAAGGUACAAAAAGGAGAGCGGCGCUGCGUCCCGCCACUAGAUUGGCGGAGCCACGGACGCGGACACGCAGGCCGCACCGCCGCGACAGCAUUGCCGGAGCCGCGGACGAACGCACGCAGUCAGCUGGGGGCGACGCGUGUCACCACUAGGGUGGGUGGCGUCGUGGUAUAAGUGUCGCGCCGUAAUCUUCUGGGGGCCAAAAAUGUCGGGACUUUCGCGCGCUGUCUUCCCCCAUCAGCCAGCAAGGCUCGCCGGCUCUGACGCUUGGCGGGUGUCUCUCAUGAGUGCGAUCUGCGGCAAUGCCGUGCCCGUGGCAACUGUGACGGAGGAGGCCCGGGGAACUCACCGGAGGGGUGGCCAGCGCGCUAGCGCCAUGCGAGACUUUGGAGGAGCUACAAGGGCGCCGGCGCCGUGUGGCAUUCGUCCACCAUCAUCCGCGAAAGUGGUCACCGGUGGGGCUGCCGAAGAGCGGGCGCGUUAUCAUUGCCACCGGCAUCCUUGGCGGAGGGUGCUGAACUGCUUGUUGGGUUUUCUGGCUUCAUCGGUGACGCUUGUCAGCAUUACCGGGGUGGCGCAAGCAUGCUCAACAGCGGCGGGCUUGGCUUGCUAGCCAGCUGGGUGCGGGUCGUGGAAGACUGGGGUUUGCUCUUGUGUGGGGGCUCGGCCCGCUUUGCUCGUGUUCUCGGAUUGCGUUUCGGGGGUAGCUGGGUCCUCCUGGCAGACUUCUCCAACGCUUGUGACCCCUUGGCAUGUAUGCGCUGCUCUUCGUGUUCGCGAUGCAGCUCAGCGAAGAGUGUGCCACACCCGCGGGCCAGCUUCGUGGGAGGUAGUGCGCGUUGAGUGCAUGGCUGUCGAUCUGCUGGGGCACACUACAAGCACGCAUGGGCGUAGCAACUAGCUGCGCCCCCGAUCUACCUGCGUGGGGCGUCGGCGCGGGGGGCCGCGUGGUGGUCGUCUUUUCCCCCCAAUAUAAUCCAUCUGGCCGCGAGCAAUUUCCUUCGUAAUAAAUAAAGCCUCCCUGCUCGUCCCUUAAAUGCUUAAAUCGCUCACAGGCAUGCGCAGUAUGUGGGGUGACGAUGUGGUGAACGAGAAAGUUAUGACGAUUACGGCAUCACGCGUAUCCAAAGCAGUUCAUGGGGAGUCGACACCAAGAGGCAAGCACAUGACCGAACGUGACUUCGUGCUCUAAGGUGGUCACCGUUUUAUUUUGCCUCAAUAUUUAAACGAUGAGCAGUAUGAACAUUUUUCAUUUUUGUUUUUGCACGUUCUAGAUAUGUCUUCACAAGGAGUUUGCGUUUUCUAAUCUUCAUAUUCUUCUCUGUUAUAACCACAUAUAUUCAUGGCGUCCCCAUACAGGGACUCCGAACUACACUCUUAUUUACGCAGUCGGCUAGAAAAUGUCAAUGUCUCUAUGAUGAUAUAAUCUGCGGCUCCAGCCUCGUUCGAUAUUCAAAAAUGAACAAAUUUUUUGCGCUUUGUAGUUGGGCCAUAGAGUAGGAGCAAAGUCUCUCAGCACGGCCUUAUGCGACCUAAAUGUAAUGCGAUCUAGUCUGGUGUUGUCUAGAAAAAUUGCUCAUUAACAUGGGCAUUUUUGUUGGAUCGCCAGCGCGACAUUUCUAGGACUGAAGAAGACAUUAUUCGAUGUCGACAGUGCUGCGUCUCUCAUGAAAUGUUCAUAGUUUUUUGUCGACUCAUAGAUAUCUAUAGUUCUUUUUCUGACCUUCUAUGAAAAUCAAUCGAGCUAGCACGACUCGGGAUCGCGCAACCGUAUGACAACGGACAUUUACAUGGCGUUGUCCUUUGCAGCGGAAGUUCUUACAGCUGUCUCGUAGAAUAAUUAGGCUAUUUACAGGAUUUAUCAUUUAUGUAACAUCAUGGUAAUUGAUUUGUACGCGGCGACGGCAUCUACAACUCGGCUUGAAACAUCUUGUAGUCGUAUAUUGAUGCCUUUUGGUAGCAAGCACUAUGAACGCCUGUAAAGUCAGCACCAUUUGCUUUUUCAAUGCAAUUUUCCAAUGAGGAACCCCGUACAACUAUUGAGCUCCCUUUGCCGCAGAGGUAGAGGUAGCGUCAGAGCAUCAUCCACGUGGCUCUGACUCUUGCCUCACCCUUCCGCAAACAAAUUCAUUACUUUUUUCUACCACUGGGAGGGACGUGGCAGUGGUUUCGCGCGACUGACAGUUUUAGGAUCAAAGUAAACGUUGUUCUCCAAAUAGGUUUCAAUGAUCGUGAUUAUAGGUAAGAUUCCAAGUCUCAUUUGUUCUUGCACUAGGCUAUUGAUUUUCGAUACAAGAAAAACUACGUCUCGAUGAUACACCUGUGAAGAAUGCAUUAUUGUUACUUCUAAGAACUCCGACAGCUACUGCGUUGUUACUAAGAACUCCUAUCCUAGCAGAGGUUACUAAAUAUAUUCAGCCACUUGAUCAAAAAGCUAUUGUGCGGAAUUAUUAUCGUUAGAACGUCGAGAAAAAAGCUUAUGGUAUUGAAUACAGAAUGGUAAGUAGACAACGAAGACAACUUGCUUCUAGUAGAAGUGUGUGGUCGUUCCCUUCCCAAAUUUGGAUGGGGCAGCAAAGAGUGCUUCCAGAAGUGUUUGCACUAAAAUCAGGCUAGUUGUGGUGUUUAAGCUCUCAUAGCUCAUACGUGUGUAAUUGCAUUGCAAUAAUUGUUUUCUUUUGCAAUAUAAUGUGUUUCUGGUAUGAUGAUGUCUCGUUGCAUCUGCUAGAAGUCUUGAACUUUCUCCGCUUACUCUUGAUGUUGUGAUUCGGACCAAUCUAAAAAAAAAAUAGCCUGAACUGCCACGCGCUUGGCGGAGCCUAGAGGCGUUUGGCGACUUUUUGGCAUGGAAAAAGAAACAACUACAACUAUGUCCUUUUAUUGUUCGAAUUACUGAUGUUAAAGGAGAAUUGAAAUCAUUAGAGAAGAAAUCGUAUGUAUCACGGAGGUUUGAGUCUCGACGAAGAAAUAGUACAAAGCAUAAGGCAUACCCGUAACGUACAGUACCACACAACACGGUUGUAUGAUAUGACGAUAUACAUGGUCCUUCAGUGGCAGUGAUCGGUUGUUUUCUUCUUUUCUCUGCAUUUUUUCCAGGUUUGAGCUAGGCUAUAGUAAGCAACUUGUAGUGCAGCACGUUUGCCAGGCUCUUCAGCAGCCGCUUAAGUCUACCACGUCGGAUGGUAGGCCCUAACCUAACCUAACCUAAGAAGUCGGUGUUCUAGUGUUCAAGUUCUUCACAGGAGACCCCUAUUCUUGCCAAAAACUCAGAUGUUGGCAUCGUUUAAUGCCAUGAUUAGCGUUAUACCUAGUUACGACCGCCUGAGACAGAGCUUUUUCUCCGAACAAUCGAGAUUUUGGAUGGGUACUAAUGCUGCUUAUGUGAGAUUUCUACGGUCACGACUGUAUGGUCCUGUGCAUUUUGUUUUUGACUAAGAGCUUCAGUUCUUGUUUCCUGAUGACGCAAGAGAUGUUCUUGAAGGUUAUAAUUCCACUCUUUUGCAGCCUGCACAGAUAGUUCGCUUGGAACUUUUUGAGUUCCCAACAUGGUGCAAAGAUUGGAAUGAGUCGUCCAUGGUGCGCAACCGCAGCUGUUGGUGC